GGGGAGGAAGGUGGCCCCCCACUCCACCCGCCUGCUCGACCUGGAGGGUCGGACGGGGAUGGCGGAGAAGAAGCUGAUCGACUGCGAGAAGACGGCGGCAGAGCUGGGGAACCAGCUGGAGAGCAAGUGCGCGGCGCUGGGCACCCUCAUCCAGGAGUACGGGCUGCUCCAGCGACGCCUGGAGAACAUGGAGAACCUGCUGAAGAACAGGAACUUCUGGAUCCUGCGGCUGCCCCCGGGCAGGAAGGGGGAAGUCCCCAAGGUGCCGGUGACGUUUGACGACGUGUCAGUCUAUUUCAACGACAAGGAAUGGGAGAAGCUGGAGGAGUGGCAGAAGGAGCUGUACAAGAAUGUGAUGAAGGGGAACUACGAGUCGCUGAUCUCCCUGGACUAUGCAAUUUCCAAACCUGGUGUUUUGUCUCAGAUCGAGCAAGGAGAGGAAUCGCGGGUCAGGAAUGAGCAGGACUUGGAGGAGAGCGAGAUCAUUACCGAUGCCACCGCAGCUGGUAUAAGGGUUGUGAUCAAAACGGAGGAGCUCCUUCCUGAAGACAGCCCUGAAAACCCCGAGCUGCACGGGAUGUCGGGGCAGUCGGAGGGGAGCUUCCAGAGUCCGGACGAGGAGGCAGCCUGCGAGAGCCCCUACGGCUCCGUCUCCCCUCCGAGGGACCUCCCAGGAACCAGCCUGGGUGACUCAUCCGAAUACGUAGCUGACUUCAACGAGAUCCAGAGAGUGAUCGUUCACCACGGGAGCUGCACAGAGGACGGGAUCGUGAUCAAGACGGAGGAGGAGGAGGAGGACGACCCUGACACCCUGCGGCAGACACCUCUCCAGCGAGCGGCGACCCCGGGCACCUGGCCCUCCCGCCGCUACGAGAGCGGCACCGAAGGCAUCGCCGGCCAGCGCGAAACGCGGGAGCGGUUUGUAGAC